AUGUUUCUAACCCUGUUGUUUUCUUGUGUUUUUAAUUGCUCGCUGAACAGGCUGCAAUCUGAGUUGAUGGCCUUAAUGAUGAGUGGGGAUUCUGGGAUAUCUGCCUUCCCUGAAGAAGACAACAUAUUCUGCUGGAAAGGGACAAUCAUUGGAAGCAAAGAUACAGUGUUUGAAGGGACAGAAUACAGACUAUCCCUUACCUUUCCCAAUGACUAUCCAUUCAAACCUCCAAAGGUCAAGUUUGAGACUCUCUGCUUUCAUCCUAAUGUGGAUCUGGUUGGCAACAUUUGCUUGGAUAUUCUUCAGGAUAAAUGGUCAUCUGCUUAUGAUGUGAGAACCAUACUAUUAUCCAUCCAGAGUCUGCUUGGAGAACCAAACAUCAGCUCACCUUUGAACAACCAAGCAGCACAACUUUGGAGCAAUCAAGAUGAUUAUAGAAAGAUGGUGGAGAAGUUGUACAAAUCUCCAAAAGCUUAAUUGAGAUGACAAUAUAAUUUCUCAGAUUAGGAUUUGAGCGAUUGUAGAAGAAGCCUCUCUAAUUUGGAUGAGAGGAUGGAUUGUGUUUUUCUUUCAGAAUGUUCCAUAAAUUCCUUGAUUUGUUCUUGUUGUGUUCUCAGUUUACAGAUGAGAUGUUUCAUGGUCAUUGUUAA